UAGAAGAAGAGCUGCAGCCUCUCAGCAUCAGCACCAGACGUCUCCCUCCUCCGAUCUGUGCUCUCCUCCUCUUCAUCCACUGCGGAACAUCGGCCUGUUCUCCUCCAAACCCUCCGCCAGCGGCAGACCCAGCUCGCCAUGGACAACUCCGGCAAAGAGAAGGAGGCCAUGCAGCUGAUGGCUGAAGCCGACAAGAAGGUCAAAGCGUCCGGAUCCUUCCUCGGGGGGAUGUUCGGGGGGAACCAUAAGGUGGAGGAUGCCUGUGAAAUAUACGCCAGAGCAGCCAACAUGUUUAAGAUGGCAAAGAACUGGAGUGCUGCGGGGAAUGCUUUCUGUCAGGCCGCUCGGCUCCACAUGCAGCUGCAGAACAAACUGGACUCCGCCACCAGUUUUGUCGACGCCGGCAACGCCUAUAAGAAGGCAGACCCACAGGAGGCCAUCAACUGUCUAAAUCAGGCCAUUGACAUCUACACUGACAUGGUAAGCUGUGCCUCAACCAUUGAACAGCUCCCUGUGACAAUCACUUUUAUCUUUAAGUAAUACCUUGUGUGUGUGUGUGCCAUUGCCCACUAUGAGCAGGCAGCAGACUACUACAAGGGAGAAGAAUCUAACAGCUCAGCCAACAAAUGUCUUCUGAAGGUGGGACACUACAGUGCUCAGCUGGAGCUGUACCCGAAAGCUAUUGAAAUCUAUGAACAGGUUGCUAUGAACACCAUGGACAAUCCUCUGUUGAAGUACAACGCUAAAGAGUAUUUCUUCAAGGCUUCACUCUGUCACUUCAUAGUGGAUGAACUCAACGCCAAGUAACAAACACUAUUGGCCAUAGAAAAGUACGAGGAGAUGUUUCCAGCCUUCUCAGACUCCAGAGAGCUCAAACUCUUAAAGAAACUCCUAGAUGCCCACGAGGAGCAGAACAGCGAGGCGUUCACGGAGGCCGUUAAGGAGUUUGACUCGGUGUCUCGUCUGGACCAGUGGUUGACCACGAUGCUGCUCCGCAUCAAAAAGACCAUCCAGGGAGACGCUGGGGACCUGAAAUAGACAUGUUUACAGAUUGGGGAGUCAGGGCGAGACAAGGGAAAGGGAGGGGGUUAAAGAGAGAAGAAUUAUCAGGAUAGAGGAAAUUAGUAGCUAAAUGAAAGGAAGGGAGAAUGACGGGCAGUGUAAAGAUGUGUUUUGGUGGAAGAAAGGUCUGUAAGAAGAGAGGCAGAGAGACGGACAUAUGAAGAGGGGGUAAAAGGGAGGGAGGGUGGGACUGAGGGAGUUUACAGUUGUACAUAUCAGUUUGCAUGUGACCCCAAAAUAGCUAAGCAUUACCUUUAAACCCCCUUUAGAUUACCCUGUGUCCCUGGUCCUACAGUAUUGCUCCCGUAACACUGGACAGAAUUGUACUUAAAGAGAAAGAAAUAAAAGGUGUGUGUGUGUGUGUGUGUGUGUGUGUGUGUGUGUGUGUGUGUGUGUGUGUGUGUGUGUGUGUGUGUGUGUGUGUGUGUGUGUGUGUGUGUGUGUGUGUGUGUGUGUUUGUGUCUGUGUCCACUGCAGUAAGGUAAAUUAUAUACUAUUUGAUGGGAAAGUGUGCAGGCCAUAUCAGAUUUAAGGAUAUAUGUUAUUACAAAGGGAUAAUAAUGUUAUUUAUGAGAUAACUUAUGAGAUAUUUAUUGUCAAUACUGAAAAUAUUAUUUAUGUUUGUUAUGGUACUCAGUGUUACGAUUUGUCUUAAUAUUUUAGGUAUUAGCCCUUCUCCUUUCUUCUUAUUCUCCUGUCCCUUAUCUGUUCCUCCUCCUCCUCCUCCUCCUCUGUCUCCCCUCAUCCUCUCCUCACCCCUACACAUCGUCAAAAUCAGUGAUAUCACCCAUUGUGAUCGAUUGCUUCCUUGUGUUCUGGCCAACGGUCAGUCGGUGCCGUUAGCCAACAGUGUUUACCACCGCUGCCUCGUUUGUGCAUGUCUUUUUGUCAUGUUGAUGUAAGUGUUCUCCGUGUCGUGCUACCGUGUGAAGAACAUACAUGUAGCCUGGUAUCAUUUGUGUGAAAUCAGUAAAUAUGUACCUCUGAUACCGAGUUGAAAUAAAAACAUCAUCGCUAUAGAUA